UUAUUUACUUCAAGUACUAGAAAAAAACACAAAAUGGCGGCUGGUUCAUCUGUCAAAAAAAAUCGCCAAAAAAACCCCAAAAAUCGCACAAACAAAUUACAUUUGGUUUUCGAUGAAAAGAAGCGAAGGGACUUCCUCACCGGUUUCCACAAACGCAAACUCCAGCGUAAGAAAGAAGCCCGCGAGAAGCUCGAACGCGAAUUAAAGGAGGAGAGAAAGCGUCUCAAAACCGAAGCGAAGGAGUCUUACAAAAAAUUAGUUGUCUCUGCCCGCCCCAUCCCCGAAUUGGAGACCCUCCUCAAAGAGGAGUACGAAGACGAGGACGCAACUGUGCGAAUUGAGGAAUUAUCGACCGAUGUGAUCGCAAAAGAGAGUAACUGGAUCGGGGCCAAUCAACCAAUUUGUGAAAAUGAGGAAGAAAGCGAAGUGCCUGGAAUGGACCUGAAGCAGAGGGACACCAAAGUGACGCGGAAAUUCGAUUCGGAACGGGACGUGAAACGACUACUCAAAAAGGAGGCCACUAAGAAGGUGCAAAAGAGCAAAGUGUUUCAAAUGAAGACAAAAAUUGAGGGGCAGAAGCAGCGGAAGAAGGCGCGGCGGGAGAACAAGCAGAAGAUGAAGCUCAAAGAGAAGAAGCGGAAACGGCAUUGAUUUCUAUUUUUUGUAACAAAAAUUAGAAAUAAACAAUUUUUUGUUA